ACAAGUUGAGACGUAUAAAAACUGUUCAACAGAACUUCAACAGAAGUGAGGUGACAGUUUACAUCCCAACUGAACAACAAGACCUGCGUCAGCCCAGAUCCUCAGUCACCAUGGGAAAGGAGAAACUCCACAUCAACAUCGUGGUCAUCGGUCACGUGGACUCCGGCAAGUCCACGACAACCGGCCACCUGAUCUACAAGUGCGGCGGCAUCGACAAGAGAACCAUCGAGAAGUUUGAGAAGGAAGCAGCUGAGAUGGGGAAGGGAUCGUUUAAGUAUGCCUGGGUGCUGGACAAGCUGAAGGCAGAGAGGGAGCGUGGUAUCACCAUCGACAUCUCGCUGUGGAAAUUUGAAACCAGCAAGUACUAUGUGACGAUUAUCGAUGCCCCCGGUCACAGAGACUUCAUCAAGAACAUGAUCACUGGAACCUCACAGGCCGACUGUGCCGUGCUGAUAGUCGCAGCAGGUGUCGGAGAGUUCGAGGCCGGAAUUUCUAAGAACGGACAAACGCGUGAGCACGCCCUCCUGGCCUACACUCUGGGAGUUAAACAACUCAUCGUGGGCGUCAACAAGAUGGACUCCACCGAGCCCAACUACAGCCAGAAACGUUACGAGGAAAUCGUGAAGGAAGUGAGCACCUACAUCAAGAAAAUUGGCUACAACCCAGACACAGUCGCCUUCGUUCCCAUUUCAGGCUGGAAUGGAGACAACAUGCUGGAGCCCAGCCCCAACAUGACUUGGUUCAAAGGUUGGAAGAUCAACAGGAAAGAAGGAAACGCAUCAGGGACCACUCUCUUGGAGGCUCUGGAUGCUAUCCAGCCCCCCUCCCGUCCAACUGACAAACCUUUGCGUCUGCCCCUGCAGGACGUCUACAAGAUUGGAGGUAUUGGAACCGUGCCAGUCGGCCGUGUUGAAACUGGGAUUCUGAAGCCUGGCAUGGUUGUGACCUUUGCCCCCGUCAAUGUGACCACUGAAGUAAAGUCUGUGGAGAUGCACCACGAGGCUCUGACCGAAGCUCUUCCUGGAGACAACGUGGGCUUCAACGUCAAGAACGUGUCUGUUAAAGACAUUCGCCGUGGAAACGUUGCUGGGGAUAGCAAGAAUGACCCACCACAGGAGGCCGCCAACUUCACUGCUCAGGUGAUCAUCCUUAACCACCCCGGUCAGAUCAGUGCUGGUUACGCUCCGGUCCUGGACUGUCACACUGCUCACAUCGCUUGCAAGUUUGCUGAUCUCAAGGAAAAGAUUGACCGCCGAUCUGGAAAGAAGCUGGAGGACAACCCCAAGGCUCUGAAGUCUGGAGAUGCUGCUAUCGUGGAUAUGGUCCCCGGAAAACCAAUGUGUGUUGAGAGCUUCUCCGAGUACCCUCCACUAGGUCGCUUUGCUGUGCGUGACAUGCGUCAAACCGUGGCUGUCGGUGUGAUCAAAGCGGUGGAGAAGAAAGUCUCCACCGCCGGCAAGGUCACCAAGUCUGCCCAGAAGGCCCAGAGGACCAAAUGAAUGUUGUGCUACUCUGCCGACCAGAAGGUCUUUCACGGCAGGACAUCAGUCAUCCAACCUCAUCCUACAAUUGGCUGCUUCAGUGUAAUAAUCAAAGACUGGUUAAACAUCACAAUGCAUCGUAAAAGUAUUCGAAGGAAAGAAAAACAUUUAGGCUACUAGUACUUGAGACGUUCCUCCUGGCUGUAUUUUGGUGGUUAGAUUAUCACGACAUUAAAUCCUUUCAAAGAGAUAGUUUUAAAUGUGCACCGGUUCAUAAUACUUUACCGUGGUACCGAGACAAUAAAACCAAUAGUUGUAAUGUAACGUAUCACAUGUCUAGCUCUCUGCAUUGCAGACAUCGGUGUCUUUACGUGGUACAGUACUCAUCAUCUUGCUUUUAGUGUUUGUUUGCAGCUGUGUGGGUCUUUGUCAGAGCCCACAUUUAGAUGUACUGUUGAUUAUUAGAACCUAGUGAUUUGUUGUGAUUUAAGCUUUAAAUGGUACUUAGAAUAAACUGUCCAACUUAGACUACUGGGUGAAUCCUCAAGCACCUUUAAUUGGCCUUUUUGCUAACUUUGCACUUGCACUAAAGAAGCUUAAAUUGGCUAAAGCUACUGCACCUUAUUGUGAGAUGGCAUGAGCCUCUUUGCAACAUUAAACGUGUUUCAACCAAA